CCCCGGGGCGGGCGCCUGGCUCGGGUCGGCUGGAGGCGCUGGUCGGGCCAGGGCGGGGGAGGACGCGGCAAGCGCUGGGACCGUGCACCAUGGAGCUGUACUUUGGUGAAUACCGACACGUGCAGCAGGAGUACGGCGUCCACCUGCGCCUGGCCGGGGACGGCGCCAAGAAGCCACGGAGCUCGCCACACGCCAAGCCGGGCUCCUACGGCGUCAGCAUCAGGGUCCAGGGCAUCGACGGCCACCCCUACAUCGUCCUCAACAACGCAGAGCACUGUCUGCCGGGGAACGGGCCCCCCUUCCCGGCUUCGGGGACGGGGGAGGGCAGCAGGGAGGGCACCCCGCCGCCCGCCCAGCCCGGCCCGCCCGGAGCCCCGAAGCAGCCCUCUCCGCACGAGGGCAGGAACGAUGUCCUGGAGCGAAAAGACGCCCCGGGGAGGUCGUCCCGCCUGCUGAACUUCCAGCGGCACCCCGAGCUUUUGCAGCCCUACGACCCGGGCAAGAAUGAGGCGAACGCGGAGGGUCACCGGGCUCCGGAGAGCGACUGGUUCGGCGGCGCAACAGAGGCGAGCGCCGACGCGAAGACCCAGCCCUGGCCCGGCUGCCCCACGCCUGGCAGCCCGCUGCCCGCCGGCGCCGGCCUGGGCUCCAUCCGGCUGUGCAGCUCGGUGGUCAUAGAGGACCCCAAGAAGCAGACCUCGGUGAGCGUCAACGUGCGCAGCUGCGCCAAGGAAGGGCCGGACGGCGCGGCCGCGAGCAGGAGGCCCCGCGCCGAGCUCGGCAGCGCCCGGCCCGACGUGCUGCCCUUCCGGCGGCAGGACUCGGCGGGCCCGGUGCUGGACGCGCCCGGGUCGCGGAGGUCCUCGUCGUCCUCCGCCACGCCCACCGCCGCCAACGCUCUGUACAGGUUUCUGCUGGACGACCAGGAGGGCGCCAUCCACGCCGACAGCGUCAACCGGCACGAGAACAGGCGGUACAUCCCCUUCCUGCCGGGCACCGGGCGGGACAUCGACACGGGCUCCAUCCCGGGUGUGGACCAGCUAAUUGAAAAGUUUGACCAGAAGUCUGGGCUUCAGAGAAGAGGCAGGGCCGGGAGGCGGAACAGAAUGCACCCGGACGACAGGAAGCGGUCCCGGAGCGUGGACAGCGCCUUUCCCUUCGGCCUGCAGGGCAGCGCCGAGUACCUGACGGAGGUCAGCAGGAACCGGGGCAAGUCCAGCGAGCGCCUCCUGCGCCCGUCGCGGCUGUGUCCCCAGAGGCUGCAGGGCGCGCGCGGCAAGGAGGGGAAGGACCCGGAAGGCAGAGCAAGUCAGGAAGGCGCCGCGGGGGUCGGCACCCCCUCGCUCCCCGCGCCGGCCAGGAAGGAGGAAGAGGUCAGAACAGCCACUGCUACGCUCAUGCUGCAGAGCAAUCGCGCGGCGGCAACCUCAGCGGAUUCCGGGGCCAAGAAAAUUUCCGUGAAGACCUCGCCUUCCAGCUCAAAUGCUCAGGUGACCCCGGAUCUCUUAAAGGGCCAGCAAGAGCUCAGCCAACAAGCCAAUGAGGAGACAGCCAAGCAGAUACUUUACAAUUACCUCAAAGAAGGAAGCUCUGACAAUGAGGAUGCCACUAAAAGGAAAGUCAACUUGGUUUUCGAGAAAAUCCAGACCCUGAAGUCGCGAGCAGCGGGGGAUGCCCAGGAAAGUGUGCAGACUACUAACUCCUCAUCUGAAGUCAAAGAUUUGCUGGAACAGAAAAACAAGUUGACCUCAGAAGUGGCUGAACUUCAGCAGCAGCUUCAACUAGAGGUCAAGAACCAGCAGAACAUACAGAAAGAGAGAGAGCGCCUGAGAGCUGACUUGGAGGAGCUUCGGAGCCAACUGGACAGGCGGGUGGAAGAUAGCGCCCCACUGCAGCAGCGCCUAGAGGAGAGCGAGGCCGAGCUCCGGAAGAGCCUGGAAGAGCUCUUCCAGGUGAAGAUGGAGCGGGAGCAGCACCAGACGGAGAUCCGGGAUCUGCAGGACCAGCUCUCGGAGAUGCACGAUGAGCUGGACAGUGCCAAGCGGUCGGAGGACCGCGAGAAGGCGGCCCUCAUCGAGGAGCUGCUGCAGGCAAAGCGAGACCUUCAUGAUCUGCUGAUCACCAAAGAGGAGCUGGAAGAGCUCCUGAGAAAGCGGGAACGGGAGCUCAUUGCCCUGAAGGGGGCCUUGAAGGAGGAGGUGUCCAGCCACGACCAGGAGAUGGACAAGCUCAAGGAGCAGUAUGACGUGGAGCUGCAGGCCCUGAGGGAGAGCGUGGAGGAGGCCACCAAGAAUGUCGAGGUCCUAGCCAGCCGGAGCAACGCUUCAGAACAGAGCCAGCUGGGGGCUGAGAUGCGGGAGCAGGCGCUGCUGGAGGAGAAGGAGAAGCUGCAGGGCAGAGCCGAGGAACUGGAGCGCAGGGUGGUGGAGCUGCAGGCACAGAUGGAGGACAGCAGAGGAGGCGAGGCCCACGCGGAGGAAGCGCUCCGGAAGUGCGAGCCUGGGAUGUUCUUCCUCUGCCAUCUGCAGAGAGAACUGAGCCGGACCGUCCAGGAGCAGAAGCAGCUGUCGGAGAAGCUGCAGACUGAGACUGCGCAGAAGGAGCAGUUAAAGAGGUUGAAGAACGAGAUGGACAGUGAGCGACGACACCUCAGUGAGACCAUUGAGAAGCUGCAGAAGGAGAUGGCCGACAUUGUGGAGGCCUCACGCAUGUCGACCCUGGAGCUCCAGAACCAGCUGGAUGAGUACAAGGACAAGAACCGCAGGGAGCUCGCGGAAGCACAGAGGCAGCUGAAGGAGAAGUCCCUCGAGGCAGAGAGGUCCCGCCUGGCCGCCGCCACGCUGCAGGACGAGAUGCGCCUAAUGGAGGAGGAGAUUCGGGACUACCAGCGGGCGCAGGACGAGGCGCUCACGAAGAGGCAGCUGCUGGAGCAAGCGCUGCAGGAGCUGGAGCGCGAGCUGGAGGCGAGGAGCCACCUCCGAGAGGACCGCGGCCGGCUGCUGAAGCAGAUGGAGGACAAGGUGGCUCAGCUGGAGACGGAGCUGGAAGAAGAAAGAAGCAACUCAGAUCUGCUGUCUGAGAGGAUCAGCUGGAGCAGGGAGCAGAUGGAGCAGGUGAGGAACGAGCUUCUUCAGGAGCGAGCUGUGCGACAGGACUUGGAGUGUGACAAGAUCUCCCUGGAGAGACAGAACAAAGACUUGAAGAGCCGGAUUGUGCACCUGGAAGGCUCAUACAGGUCCAGUAAGGAAGGGCUGGUGGUGCAGAUGGAGGCGCGGAUCGAGGAGCUGGAGGAACGCCUGGAGAGUGAGGAGAGGGACCGCGCCAGUCUUCAGCUCAGCAACCGCAGGCUGGAGCGGAAGGUGAAGGAGCUGCUGAUGCAAGUGGAUGACGAGCACCUGUCGCUGACCGACCAGAAGGACCAGCUGAGCUUGCGCUUGAAAGCGAUGAAGCGGCAGGUGGAGGAGGCCGAGGAGGAGAUCGACCGGCUGGAGAGUUCUAAGAAGAAGCUGCAGAGGGAGCUGGAGGAGCAGCUGGACCUGAACGAGCAGCUGCAGGGGCAGCUCACCUCCAUGAGGAAGGACUUCAGACUGAAGAAGCUGCCGAGUAAAGUGCUGGACGAUGAGGACGAUGAGGAUGACCUCAGCACCGACGGCGGGAGCCUCUACGAAGCUCCGCUGGGCUUCGCCUUCUCCAGGGACAGCGCCGUGGUCAGCCAGACCUAACCCGGCCCUCCCUGCUGCCGGGCCUCUGCAGCACCCCCGUGGGAGGUAGCGGGGAUCCGGGGGUGCUGGCCACUUUGACGUGGCUCCCUGGGUCUCCAGGGCCUGGUAGGGAGUCACCACUGCACCUGUGUGGGGAGAGGCGCUCGGUGGGCUGGCGUCUGC